AUGGCUAGCCUCAAAAUCUUGCAAUUCACCAUUUUUCUUGCCAUAAUCUCAACUUCAGUUAAAUCCCAAGAAGAGAAUAAGUGCGGUGGAUGCCCUUGCAACAACCCUUGCAACCCGCCGCCGUCUCCUCCGCCGCCAGCGCUGCCGCCCCCUCCGCCGAAGAAGAAGCCGCCGCCGAGCAACUACUGCCCGCCGCCUCCCAGCGGCGGCGGCCAGAACCCGCCGAACCCGCCUUACAUAUACAUAAACGGUCCGCCCGGAAACUUGUACCCGGUCGACCCGUACUACUCCGGUUCGGUUCGGAGCUUCUCCUCCGGUUUGAUGCCAUUCUUGAUCAGCGCCGGUUUAGGGCUGCUAGCCAUCUGGUGA